AUGAUGCCAUUCCGAAUGCUUAAGGAUGCUCCCCGGGAACUAGAAGAUGCGUCUUUCGGAGUCCAAAUUAUUUAUUAUGAGGACUUUUACUACGCGCUCGUUUUCCUUACAGCAGUCUACCUGUCCGGACGUGUCGCCAGCCUUUUACGGAUGCCGGCCUUGACCGGGGAAAUUGUUGCUGGCAUUCUCUUGGGACCGCCACUGGCUAACUUUGCUCCCAUCCCUCAAGCGUGGGUGCUGCUCGGAGAAAUCGGGCUAAGGCUCCGGAUGGCAAUAAGACUUAUUUUGACAGUGCUCGAAGCUGCCAUGGACAUUGACGUCAAGAAUUUGAAAGUUAUUGGAAUACGCGGAUUUACAAUCGCUGUAGUUGGAUCGAUUUUACCAAUUUCAAUCGGAAUUAGCUUGGCCUACGGCAUGGGGUUUGAAGGUAAGGCAGCAAUUGGGGCUGGCGCAACGUUCGGGCCGACAUCAAUGGGCAUCGCGCUGAACGUUCUCAAGAACGGUGGAAUUUCAUCAACACCCCUUGGUCAGCUGAUUGUUUCGGCCGCAAUUGUAGACGAUAUGCUCGCAUUGGUGAUUUUGAGUCAGCUCGAGGCCUUGACCGGGGAGAUCACAGUGGUUGGUGUCGUUGUUCCGAUUCUUUCGGCCUUCCUUUUUCUCUUGCUCGGGGGUUAUAUUGCGCUCUUUGUAUUACCGAAUAUCAGAGAGAAAUAUUUGAUUAGCAAAAUCCCAUCCGAACAUCGCGAUGAGGCUCAACUCAUCAUACUCUUCGGGAUCCUUCUAGCAAUGGUACCAGCGACGUUUUACGCCCAAGCAUCGUAUUUAAUGGGAGGAUUCGUCACUGGUCUUGCCUUUUGUAGCGCAGAGGGAACCCAUCAGCUUUUCAUUAGUCAGUUCAAGCGAGUAACAACGUGGUGCAUGCGAAUGUUCUUCGCGGCAAGCAUUGGCUUCCAAGUCCCCGUCAGGGAUUUCGGAGACGUCCAGGUACUUUGGCGCGGAAUGGUAUUUUUCUCGUCGCUGUUCGGAAAACUUGCGGUUGGGUUUCUCGUCCCGAAUAUGCAUGAAAGCCGCAACUUCACCGGCCCCCAUCUUCGCGACUGCUUGAUUACGGGUUUCAGCAUGGCGUCGGAAGGAGAGUUCGCCUUCGUUAUCGCGGUGUUUGCCGUCGAUAACGGUCUAACCGAUCGUGGAUUGUACGCCAGUGUCGUAUUGGCAGUCCUCCUGAGUGAGAUUAUUCCUCCGUUCCUUUUGCGAUACACGAUUGCCAAGUAUGAAGUUUCAAAAACAGAACCAACGACUCGACAUCGUAGCGAUGUCGAAUCAGAGAACCCAUUGGAAACUUUGUCGAAUUCUGAGUACAAUCAUAGUCAGGGACAAUAAGUCCUACAGCAGCCGUGACUGCUACAUCGGUAAUGCAUACAUCCAGCAAAACUUCGAGUCGACAGCGAUUUUGGUUUGGGAAUGAAUGAUGUUCCAGAUGGGGUCCUUCAUCGAACAAUUAUAAUCUUGUACUUUUGUGUGAAUAGAACUAUGUGUCCGUGUUACUAGCCUUUUAAGCUGCAGUUCCAAACAAAAAGUUCGCUUCAAACCAUGCGGAAUCAAAAUGGCGAGCGGAACUUCAAAAUAGGAGGAAACUUCGAUAAUAUGGCGCCUUCCAAAACUUGUCGUUCUUGUGACAAACAUCUUUGCCGUAUCGCAGUGUCUUUUUCGUCUCGACAAAAUUAGCCUCGGUGUUAGCUCAAUCUAGUAUCGGAUCUUCCUCGUCAUCUCCCUUUGACUUUGAUGAAAGUCCCAGCCACUGCGACAUUUUCUCAAACUCCGCAAGAGUCGCCACCGUAGUUGUGCCUGCGAUACCACCGACGGCAAGAACAAGUCCUCGCAACCUUGCGGCCAUUUUGGAUGCCGCUUCGAACGGAUUUAUCCCCUUAUUGAAAAAACGGGUAGCAUUUGCGAGAACACUUUGAUCACACAAUUUUUCCUGCAACUCGGUAAUUCGAAAAUAGGAAGCCUCCACAAAAACCUCACUCAAAACUUUGUGGUCCUCCGGAAGCUGCACAUAAUUUUGGGUAUUCUUGCGCAGACUCACGGUCGUUCUGCCGUAGGACAGCAGUUCGACGCGGUUCCUCAGGUACUGCAGAAUAAAGCCGAAAUGUGAAGGAUCGCGGUCAAUGAACACUGCUCCGUUGCGUACAAUUUCCUGGUUGGCUUCCGCCCUUGCCACGUGAUCGGCCAACACCGGAUUUUCGGCCACGGUCGACCGCAAC